UUCGAUUUCGAUUUCGAUUUCGACCUCGACUUCCCAACUACACUCCUUAUUUAAUGGCCUCCCUCUCUCCCUUCCUCUUCCUCUUCCUCUUCCUGUGCUUCGCUUCCUUUCUCUUUCUAACUUUUCCCACCGCGCCCACUUUCUCGAGAAAGAAAGAAAAGGAUCAGUGAUUGGGAGAGAGAGAGAGAGAGAAAAAGCAUCCCGCGUUGCCGCCCCCCCUCCCUCGCUCACGCGUUGUCAUCGUACUCGUCCCUCUCCUUUCCACGAACGCGACCAUAAUAGAAAAAAAGGGGAAAAGGGUCGCCCUCAAAUCGGCGCUGCUGCGAGCUCCUGUCAUCAAUUUCGCUUCUUGACUCAAUUCGCGAGGAACCCAAAAUUUCUCCGAGCUUUUACUGGGUCCUUUGACCCUACGACACGCUUCGAAUUUAUAGCUCUCGCUCUCUCUCUCUCAACUUCCAACCGUUUUGGCCUAAUUCCACCUCCUUACUGUAGAGACCCAUCUGUUCAUCUAGCUUUAAGACACCCAUUUGGGGCACCCAUUUGAUUCUCCUUUGGGGUCGUUUCGAAGUUUGCAGUGAGAUCGAUUGGUUUCGAAGCUCCCCAUGGACGUCGAAUCCGCGCCGAAGUUCGCGAAGCCCACGGCGCCGCCCAAGCCGAGACACGGAUGCAGGAACGCCUGCAUUGCGCUGGUGGUGAUCCUCGUCCUCAUCGUGGUGCUGAUCGUGAUCCUGGCCUUCACCGUGUUCAAGGCGAAGCACCCCGUGACCACCGUGAACUCGACGAAGGUCAGGAGCCUGAAGGCGUCGGUCAGCAUCGCCCCUCUCGGGCUCAACCUGAACGUGACCCUGGACCUCGACAUCUCGGUGAAGAACCCCAACAAGGUCGGCUUCAAAUACGAGGACAGCACUUGCUUGUUGAAUUACAGGGGAGAGCAAGUCGGGGAGGUCCCGAUCCCCGCGGAUGAGAUAGGGGCCGACCAGACGAAGGAGAUGAACCUGACGCUCACCGUGCUGGCGAACCGGUUCCUGUCGAACUCGCAGGCGUACUCGGACUUCCUGUCCGGGGUCUUGCCCCUCAACACGUACACGAAAAUGUCUGGUAAGGUGACCAUCAUGGGAUUGUUUAAGGUCCAUGUGGUCGCCACGACUUCCUGCGAUUUGAGCGUGUAUGUGUCAAAUAGUACAGUGGGGAAUCAACAGUGUAAGUAUAAGACCAAGUUGUAGUCGAUUGGCGUUUAUGUUGGUUGCUUCUAGGAUUUUGUGUUGCACACGGGUCUCUGUUUCUUUGGCCUCUUUUACACUCUUUUUUCCGGGGGGAUAUUUGUUGGGAUAAAUAAGUUAUGAGGGUAUUGGAGAUUUUGUGCAUAUUCUAGAUUCGAAUUAGUAUUAGUUGUUGUUUUGCGAUCCAUGUGUCCCUUGCCUCCGGGUAUAUCAAUGUCAUACGGGAUAUUUUGGCAUUAUCUGUGAUGUCGAAAGUUGCUAGAUUUAUCAGAUGUACUUGAAUGCAAACAUGCAGUUGCAUUUGCGAUGCACUGUUUUUGGCUUA